AUGGCUUUCAUGAAGGGUGGGUUAUUGGUAGUGCUAUCUGUUGUCCAGUGCAUGGGUACCGCGCUUCCCAUGGGUGUGGGCGCGGGAUGGCAGUGGCGCUCAAGAGCGCACCAGAAGACGACCGGGCAGACCCCAAUGUUCGACACGAGGAACGCCACGGUUUAUCGCGGCGCGGCGAAGGCGGCCAGUCUGGCACAUACGCCGGAUGGGCAGGUCACUUUAGACUUGGGUGACGGUGGGGACCCCAUCGCAGUCACGCUGUCCAGUGGGAGGGUCGUCAUCCAAAGGAGAACCAGUGGCAGCAUUGGUUUCUUCAGGGGAUGGUCCGAAUACAAGUCGGGUUUUGGCGACAACGGCAACUUUUGGCUCGGGAAUGACAACAUUCACCGUCUCACUGCAGCGUCGAGCGAGAUCGAGCUGAAGGUGGACCUCGUGGACGCCGCUGGUCAGCGAAUCGAACCUAUAUCGAUUGACAAUCGGCGGGUAUUCAGGAGACAUCGGUGA